UUUUUUGAAAUUUCGGUUUACAAACCCGCCGACCCUGUUUUUUUGAAAACUGGAAAAAAAAUAAAAGACCAUGAACUCGUUUUUAUUUUUAUUUUUUCCUCCGACUUUAUUUUUUUUUCUAUACAAAAAUAAAAACGCCGUAUUUACAGGCAAAUGGACCGAGAUUCUUCCGAUCGCACAAUGACGCAAUAGCUAAAAAUAACGUUGUGCAUGAAAAUGAGGUGAAGAUCCGAGCUCUUCCGAUCAAAUAUUACAUCAGCAACCUAAUACGUCAUACUUUUAAGUGCACCUAAAAUAACACUGCAGUAAACCGCCAAAAUGGCCACUGGACGUCCAUUCUUCAAAGUUCAUUUUCGUUGCAUUGAAAAAAAGUAUACAUUCAAUACAAUUCGACAAGCCGAAGAUGAAGAUUCAGUCGGCCAUCUACUCAACACAAUUUUGGACACGGAAUCUGAUCGCAAUGAUCUGCUAAUCGACCAUGUUGUAAGCGGGGCCUCUGAGGAAUCUGCAACAUUUAUUACGCCGUUGGAAACACCUAUCAAAGUUUUACAGGACUUUGGUUUUAAAUGUAUUAUUGUAAAUCUUGUUACAAAGAAAGGUGACUCAGAAGCGAAGAACUCCGUAUCCAGCAAAGCAGAUGCUUUUCAAAUUUUGAUGACGGCGAGGAGACGUUACGACCAGUACCCCCCUCGAAGAGAUGAAAGUACAAGUAAAGAUCGACUUGCAAAUGCUGUUAUUGGGACUUUGAAAGAAAAUAAGAUAGGAUUCACGUCGCAACAAAUAGACACCAUUGGGCGGGAUGUUGUCAACACCCUAACAAAUACCAUGUGGUAUUUGGAUCCCCAUCUUGACAAGCUGAAAGACCGCAGCAUUUCGAUUCCUGCUAUGUUUCGUCAACUAACUGGAUUUAGAGACUUUAAAAAGCAACAUAAAAAAGUUCCACAGUUGGUGUCCUCUGAACUGAAGGAAAACACAGAAAACCUUGCUGAGCUGCUGCUUAUUCCUUGGAUUUUAUGCAAGGAUUUUGCAUCAUUCUACACAGCUGUAAAGGACCUUGUAACCGGCCUGCAGAAAUAUCUGUCGUUUUUGUCCGGAAUGAAGGAGAGAACUGAACAGAAUCACAGAAAAUCAGAGCCUGUGAGAAAUUUAAAGACAACUGGAGUCUUAAAAAAUUUGUAAAGGUGAAUGAUGUGAAGGAUGAAUACAGGAAACUUGAUGACUUUAUGAAGAACAUUACCCUGUAUACAGCAAAAGACUUGAUUGACUUUGAGCCAGAGGACAAAACUGAGCGAAGAAAGUGGUUAGAUAAUUUGCAAUUGUCUUCUGACAUUUCAUGGUUUACCUACAGAUAUGGUAACUAUCUUGGAAACGUGAAUUUAGUGUGGAAAAUUAAUGAACAAGACAGUGAGCAGUCUACCUCAAAGGAAAUUCAAAUGAUCAACAAAAUAAGGGAAAGCAUUCCGAAAUAUGCUACAAGACAAAUGCAGAAAGACUUUAUUCUGAGAUACCAUAAGCAUGUAGGGGGAAGUAAGUCAAUUUUAAGAAACAUGUAUCAGUUUCUUACAGACUACGAAUACACUCCUGAAAAUAGUAAAACAUCACAGAUCGACUUGCGUACUAGCAAAAUAUUAUUGGAAAUGGAUGAUACGGAAUUGAUUUUCGAUCUGCGCAAGAAUAAUGGAAGGAUUAGUGAUCCCAAACUUGAACCCUUUUGGACAGAACUGGGCAAAUACUUGGACGAAAAAUCAGUGGUUCAUGAAAGGAGACAUACAGAUACGCAGUAUAUGCCCUUUGCUAUGUCUGUCGAAGACUUGAGAAAUCAGAUCAUCAAACGCUUACCUGAGGGAACACCAGCACCUUCCACUUCUUGGAUUCGGUUGAACUUCUGUCCUUCAAAUCCGAUGCACAAUUCUGCCCAAAAUUACACAGGAAAGUUCAACAUCAAAUUUGCGGUUCAACAAAGACUUCUCAGAGUCCAACAUGCUGAUCUGCCUUAUGGGAAACAUCAGUUUUACCUUUUGAAAGAUUUUGCGUGCAAAUGGAGAAAUCAUGUUGUUUUGCAGAGCUUGGAUGACAAGGCCAUCAUUCCAGUUGGAGAGCCAGGGCAACCAGUGUCGACCGGUGCCAGAGCACAUCACGGUGGCUUAGUUUCUGAUCCGAAGCAAAACUUGGCUCUUGAUCAUGAUUUUCACGUGGCUGGUAUUGUUCCUUCUGUUUGUUUCAUUGUUGAUGUUCCAGAGAAUUCAAAUGACAGUUUCUACAAUGGCACAGUGCACGUUACAGUGAAAGAAAAGGUGUUCGAACCAUCGUCUCCAUUGAGACAUAGUACAGAAACAGUGUCUAUAGUGCGAAAGUAUUUUUCACACAAUGAUGUUGACAUGGAAAAACCUAUUCUCUUGAGAAUAACUGAUGGCGGCCCUGAUCAUAGAACCACAUACAGGUCUGUUCAGUUAUGCUGUCUUCUUGAAUUUAUUGCAUUGGACUUGGACUUUUUUGCUUGCAUCAGAACAGCUCCAUCAGCAAGUUAUUACAACCCAGCAGAGCGAUGCAUGUCUACUUUAAAUAUAGCCCUGCAAAAUGUUGCUCUUCAGCGUGGACGCAUGAUUCCUGGACUUGAAAUGCAGACCAAAUCACUUACGUCUUUGUCAAAAUUAAGAAAUGCUGCAACUAAAAACGCACGCUUAAAGGAGGGAUACAAGGAAGCUAUGAAUGUACCAAUUGACAUUUUGAAAGAAAGAUUCUCCAGGCUGAAAUGGAAGGGAGAAAAUGUUGUUGUUCAUGAUGCUGCAGAGGAGGACAUGAUUGUUGAUCUCUACAACGUCUUCCUUUUGAUUGAUGAUGAAGUGAAACCUGAGGAUAUAUCCAAUUUAAGGACAUUGAAAUCGAAGAAGAUCGAUGCAUUCUUAGCCAACCAUGCACAAUCAAGGCACUACAGCUACCAGAUUAAGAAGUGUUGUAAAGCUGACUGUGCAUACUGCACUUUGAACCCACCACGCCUUUCUCGGGAGAUUUUUAAAGAUCUCCAUUUCUUACCAGACCCUGUCCUCAAUGAAGAUGGUGCAUACAAGUCAUUUGAGGACAUAUAUGGUACACCGACUACUGAUAAAGACCGACCUAGUUUGCAAGAAAAGGUUCCAACAUCGACAAAUAGAGACAAAGAGCUAAAAAACCUUUUAGUUGCUACCAAGGUGAGAGACUUUGUUGUGUGCUGCGAUUGUGGGAAAAGACGGGUGGUGUAUUCAAGCAAAAAACUAGGUCCUGCGGAGGAGAGGGCAUUGUGCAGGUUGCAGGAAGAGCUGCUGUACUCGUGUGGAGGCCCCUUGUUUCCUGGGGGGGAAUUCCAGGAUUCAAUUGUGGCCCGUGAGGGGAUGAGUUGUCAAACUCCAAUUGAAACAACAUACUUUGCAGGGAAAACCCAGUUGUUUGAUGAUAUCUGCUACUAUUGUGGAGAUACUGAACCAGCGACAACCCAAGAAACAGAGGCCUUAAAGAGAAAGCAUGGGAUAGUGAGACCCAUCUGCACAGCCUGCUUGCAGAUGGGUCGCCCCAUUGUUACGCGAAACGCUUUAAAAAAACAAAAAACAAAAUAAAAAAAAAUUGUAAAAAAAUUGUUUUAUUUUUAUUUUUUUUCCCGACGGAGAUUUUUUUCGAUUUUUAUUUUAUUUUUUUUUCCUCCUCCUCCCCAAUUAUUUAUAAAAAAGUUUCGUAAACCUAAAAAUAAAAAAAUGCUG